GGAAACUAGAGAGGAAUCUUUAAUGUCUCAAGGCUGUGUGUUGUUUACCUGACUCUUGGUAGCAUUGUUUCAACGCAUAAUUUACAGCCGUCUUAAAAAAUCUUGUCUUGUUGAAAGAUUCUGGUUCCUAAAUAUUAGCGUUUUUGAUACAUUUUCUUGGCAUUAAAUGGGCCAUAGGUAUCAUCGACGUUUUGGUGGUAGAAUAUCUUACAUCAACCAAUGGGUUAAGUAUUCUUUAUGCUUGGCGAACUUCAUCUUCUUAGCUGUUGGAACAUUGUUUCUUGUGUUCGGUGUGAUCGCAUUUAGUGAGUCGGGAGGUAUACCAUGGAAAUCUAAAGCUAUUGCAUUGCACUGGCUUUUCAACCUAACCGUAAUUUGUAUGGUCGUUGGGGUCAUAACCUUAUUUGUUUCACUGGCUGGUUUUGUCGGAUCUUUACGUGAAAACACUUGUCUGCUGAGAUUUUAUUACUUCAUUUUAACGUUGCUUUUUCUGACAGAGGUUGUUUGCUGCGUAUUGUUCUUUGUGUACCGUGAAUCAACUGUCCACAGGCUUGAAGAGUUAAUCAAAACUACUUUUGUUAUUCAAUAUAGAGAAAUUGGAUUUGAGGAUACAACAAACUUUAUGGACUUUAUUCAAAAAGAGCUUAAUUGUUGCGGACCUAAGUCAUACCUUGAUUGGACAGCUAAUCGAUACUUUUCAUGUGAUAAGUCUAAUAUAAGCCCUGAAGCUUGUGGAGUUCCAUAUUCUUGUUGCCGUCAAAUGAAUGAUAUCAGUGUUAAUAUUAUUAAUACAUCGUGUGGAUUUGGUGUACAAAAAUUAACAACUGCUGAAGCCAAUCGUAUGGUAUGGACAACUGGAUGUGUUGAUGCUCUUAUCAGUGCAAUAGAAAACAACAUAGUCUAUUUCGCUUAUGGGUUUGUUAGCGUAGCUGUGUUUCAGCUCAUAGCUAUCCUACUUGCAAAGACACUGCAUACACAAAUCAAUGAUCAACUGCGUUUACUGCAUCAAGAAAAUAAUUACUUUUGAGAAUUUUUCUUCCGUCCGUCUAAAGAUAAUGCGCAUUAUUAUUAUUAUCACUAUUUGUAAGUAAAAGAAUUUAUUUUUGGAUUAUUUUUGGUGACUACUGCUAAUUCUUCAUCAAUCACUGUAACAACAAUUUACUCAUCUUAUGUGGAAUGAAUAAAGACAAUAAUACGAAAAAUCCUUUCCUCAUCAAAUCGAUAUAUAUAUUCAUUCCUGACUGAUCCCACUGUGAUUUGAACUUGCUCAGUUCUUCGCUUGUUUUAUUUUUGCUGUUACAUCCUAAUGAAUUACAAUUUGUUAACUGAAAAAUGAUGUAAAAUAUAAAUCGUAUUCUUUUGAAAUUUUAUGUUUUCUUAAUCUAAAACAUUGUCAAUGAUGAUUGUUUGUAUUAUAUUAUCUUUCAUUUUUAUAACGAGUUUAUUUUAUUUCAUUAUAUUAGUAUUAUUCGAUGUAAUUUCCAUUCAUAAUUUUAAAGGAAUUAGAUCAACGACAUCAACAUAUCAUACAAGAUACUUAAAAUAUACAAAAUCUCUAAUUUAAGACUACUCUUUAUCAGCAGCAUAUCUUUUCAUUGUAUUCAGCUUACAAAAGAGUUCAUUUGUUUUAGUCACUAAUCAAUUAAUCAGAAUGUUAACGUGAUUAUUCAAUUCAGUCUUAAAUAUAUAAAUACUUGCAAUAAGAUGAAUACUUGUUUAACAAAUGGUAUUCCUCAUAAUCUAUCAGCUUGGUAGAUGAAAAUCUAAUGUUCAUGAGGAUGGUUACUAGCUUCAUGUUUCAAUGAGAACAAUAUAGAUACAGACAAAUCCAGCCAAUAUCUUGACGAUUACACAUGAAUAUUGUUGUUUUAACUACUUUAGGACAUUUCUUCUGAAAACUAAAAUUUUAAUUUGAUAUGUCAGUUAGAAUAACCAUGUAAAUUAGUCCUUUUCUGUUAAAGAAUUUUCUCAUGAGCUAUCCAUAUAAAAUUAUUUUAGGUAGUUGUCAAUAUUCUACUUUGUUAUGCAAAGUAUGAGUAAACACCUUAAUUAAUUCAAUUGUCGGAAGCAUUGACCCCAAUAGUAGGUAAUACAACCUGAUGAACAAUCUGUCCAUGACCUUGGUAACUGUCAUUCAGGAAUGCAACAAACAAUUUUGUUUUUUGAUGCAGUAUAAAUGAUCUAAAAAAUAAUUAAAGUUUGUAAACUGUAACAUUUUAUAGUGUUUGAAAUAACUAGUUUUCGCAUGUAAAUCUCAACAGUAUUUUGUAAAAUAUUCACAUAAUGAAAACAAGAACCGUAUUUAAAGAAUUGUAUUCACACUGUCCAACACCUAGGCAGUCAUACAAGCAAUAAAAUCUGAGUUUGUGGAUAAAAUUUAACACUUAUCAUUGUGACAUGCUCAAAGAUACUCUUGAACAUUUCGCGUUCUUUCGGUAAAGUGGUUGUCAAUAAAACAAUUACUCAAUUAAUUUCUGUCUGUACCUUCGUUAAUUUGUCAUUUUUUUAUUACUGAGUCUUUUUCCUGUCUUAUACGAAGCCAAACAUAAAUAUUUAGUCUUAGAAUUAGUUAUCAAGUUUUCCAAAGUAUUGCCUGAAUAUGUCUCCUUGAUGUAGUCACUAGAUUGUCAAUCCACACUUCCUCUUCUUACUGUGUAAUAUUGCGCAAUAUUUUCAGCCUUCAAAAGAAAAGUUCAUAAUUUAGCAUGAAUUGUGUUCACAGGGUACUGCGCUACUGUUUUGAAAGUGUCUUGUUCCUAUUACUUACGCAAUCUAUAUUGUAAUAUAAAAAAACUUGAUUUUUCAAGGUAAUUGAAUACUGUUAUCAACCACUAUUUGGCUAGUUAUUUGUAAUCAAAAAAUGCCUCUUUUCCAACGAAAAUUCAAUGUACCAAAGUUUCCUGCUCGAAAAGCGUCUAGUAUGACAAAUUUAUCACAUCUAGAUUCAACUACGCGAAGUCAAGAGUUCAGCAUGGAUUUUGGACCAAUUAGAACACGUUUAAGUGGACGGGAUCUUGUAUUCCGUAAUGGACAGUGGAUCAUUGAAGGAGAAAAUGGAGUGUUAAAUGAUGAAUCUGGAAAUGCAACUCAAUUAGGUCGUGAAACAUUUCGUAUUAAAAAAGAAAAUCAUCAAUUAAUUGAAGAAAAUAAUUUGUUAAAGUUGAAAAUUGACAUACUCUUAGAUAUGCUCGCUGAAACUACAGCUGAAGUACACUUACAAGAGAAUGAAAUUGAAAAUCUACGUAAUACAUUGCACAAAAAACCAAAUACAACAAUUCAAGUUGCUUAAUUAUAAACUUUGAUGUUUUUAUUCUUAUUAAAAAUCUUCACAUUAGAAUAAUUAAAUUCGUAUGAAAUCGUUCUUUAUGAUAAUAUUCCAUUAUUAAAUAUAAUUUUGACAUGAACUAAACACUUUUAAAAAUGGAACGCUUUAUCACAAAAACUAAAAACAUAUCAUUCUUAGUUUGCAUUUCUUUUGUUUUUCUCCCCUGUUCUCUAAUUGGUAAUUUAUCUGUGUGAUUUGUGUAAACGUCAGAAAUAAAUUUCAUUUGUAUUAAAACAUAUUCUAUUGAUUUUAAAUUGAAUUUGUUCCACAUUGAUUCCUUAAUUUUCUUGUUACCUUGUAGACUAUAUAUAUAGCUAAAGACGGCAAGAGUAAAAUAUGUAACCAUUCGUUUAAGUUAGUGACUGUUGAAGCGAGCCAUGUUAGUAGAUGCAGGCUAACUGGUUAGGGUUCCUUUCUAUUACUGUAACCAAUAGUCGGAACCUAUGUGACAUGUCUCCGGAUUGUUCAUAAUGGCUGAGAUGCAUUCACCUUUUGCAUUUUCUAAGAUCUUGAAUUCUUAAUCAUCCCAUACAUUUUGCUCUGCGAAUUCAUUCAUUCUUCUGGAAUCAUAUCGUCUGUUCCAAAUGUUUUCUACUAAUACAUACAAUGUUACUACUUUUAGUACUCUAGAAUUUUUCUUGAUAAUUUCUCUUCUAUGUGCUGAUAUGUUGUGACAACUUGAGUCCUUCCACAAAUAUGCUAGGUUCUACAUUGCACAUAACUGACUGAUGUAAGCCCUGUAUAGAUUUGCACUGAUAUUCUAGUUAUAGUUAAUGUCUAACAAAGUGAUCAUUUUCUAUCAUUCUCAAAUGUUUUUUCUUAAAUGUUAUUUAUUACUGUUUUAGCGACCUCGUGCAUUUCAUUACACCAGAUACUAUGACAGAACACGAGGAUAAGAAAAGCCGAGAAAUUCCACCAAAUUAUCUUGGUAAGGAAAAUCUUGCUAUAUUAGUAGAAAAAUAGUUUUUGGUGCGUUUAUAGGUAUAUCAGGUCUGUCUUUAAUGGCAGGAUUCACAUAUAGAAUAUCAUCUUUCAAGAAGGUCAAUCCAUUACCAUUCAUGCAACAGAAUAUGCAUUGUAAUCGAUAUGGCUGG